UUGAUGUUCUCCGCUACAAAGGAUCAAUCGGCUUCAAGCCGAGGUACUGCCCAGGUUUCUACCAGCAGUAAUGACUACCGUAUCGUCCUGCCCCGUCUUCCUACUGGUAAGCUCGUCGCUGACUCCGUUUUCCUGCAUGCAGACCUUGCUGGCCGUCCAUACCGAGCGCAGGACUUUCGAGAUGCCCUCCGGAAUAUCAUAGAUCUUGCUGAUAUAACCUCGAUCGGACAGUUUCAAAUGUCACAUGUCUGGAUGGUGACUUGCAGGACUGCGCUAUCUAAAGUGAAGAUAGUAACCUGUGGUGAAUUAUUUGUUCGAGGACGAAGAUGCGUCGUUAUAGACCCUGAACCCACGGAAGUUAAAAUGAAGCUAUUAUGGCUCCCUGAACGCCUGGAAGAUAUUUAUGUGCACGAAGCCUUUCAGCCUUUCGGAAAGAUCAAGUCGAUUUCAGCGGAAACUUGGAGGGUGUCAGAAAUGGAACAGAUGAGGACCCUUAACCGAGACGUUGUACUGGCACUUGGUGACGGAAUCCGUGUCUCCGACAUCCCGCAUCUACUCUCAGUUUGUGGUCUACAAAGCCUAGUGCUAAUUCCCGGCAGGCCACCUUUAUGCCUUCGUUGCAACAAAGUAGGACAUAUUCGUCGACACUGCAGGACACCACGCUGCGAUGAUUGUCGGCGGUUUGGACAUACGGCUGAAGAAUGUGUGGCGACGUAUGCCAAUAAAUUACGACAUCGCAUGCGACCACCUGAAGAUGCGUUUCCAGAACAUAUCAUGGACGCUACGGAAGUCCUCGAUGCAACGGGAGACCUUCCAUGUGCUGCCGCCGCUGAGCCCUGUGCUGUUGACAAAGACGCAGCUAGUGACUGUGCUGGAGCGGAGAAAUCUAAACAAGCGUCAAACACCGUAGAUGUGACAGACAGCGGAGAGAAGGAAGCGGUACCUGCACAUGAGUCAGUCUUGACACAAAAGGAAAGCCGCAGCAGUAGUGCUGACGUAGAAACACCACGUGAGAAGCUAACUAGUGCCGAUGUGCGAGAAUCCGUCGAUGUUUCCAUAACGCCGACUUCCAACGCCGCGGACCUCGUGCUGAUGCGUGACCACGCCCAGCAGCAAGCCGGUUCUUUAGCAACAAGGCCAGCGAACUGCACCUUGUGA